UCCGCGCAUGUAGUCUUCUCAAAAUGGCGGCAGACGCGAGUGAUCCCAAUCAUCCUGACUCGAUGGUCAAGAAGCUGUUUGGGCGUAGCAAAGCCGAGGAAAAAGUGAUGGAAGCUAUCAAACUGAGAGCUCUCGAACUCUGUCACGAGAAGCACAUGCGCUUGAUUCGUUGUUUCAAGUCGUCGUGGACGGGCUCGUGUUCAGAAGAACACAAGGAUUUCACUUCUUGUUUUCAUACUCACAGAGAUGGCUUGAUUGCUAAGUAUAUGGAAAAGAGGGCGCAGAAGCUUAAAGAGAAACUGGAAAAGAGUGUGGAGGAGAACGAGAGUCGUCACAGAGACUUUUCACGUCAAUCAUCAACAUCAACAUGAAAGUCUAGUAUAUAUUUUAUGUAUCUAUUAAAUACGUUGCUGUUAGUAAGAUUUAGCACUAAGGCAUUGGAAAUUUGGUUUCUUUCCUGACAUAGUCAUUGGGAUUCCAGUCUGGUGAAUGAAACGUCAUGUUGUGUUUGACUGCCCAUCGUGCAAAAAUUAUUUUCUCACUCAUGA